AAUGACUCCAUUUCGCAUUUGAGAACGCUAGGCAGGGCUCAGCAGAUGAUGGUGACGUGAGCCGGAAUAUUUGUCAAAAUAUUUUCCGAAAACGGAUUUCUGGACGUUUGCAGCUAGUUUAAGGAUUCGUUUUGAAAUUUUUGCUAUUUCAAACCGUGAGAAGCGAGAUGGGUCUCUGCAAGUGCCCGAAAAAACGCGUGACGAACCAGUUCUGCUUUGACCACCGUGUCAAUGUUUGCGAACACUGCAUGGUGACAAAUCACCCAAAGUGCAUAGUGCAGUCAUACCUGCAAUGGCUCCAGGACAGCGACUACAAUCCGGCCUGCGAACUCUGCUCUCGAGAACUGGAGUUGGAGGACUGUGUGAGGCUUGUGUGUUAUCAUGUCUACCACUGGGCCUGCCUUGAUCAAUAUGCCAGGCAACUCCCAGCAACCACAGCGCCUGCUGGCUACUGCUGCCCUUCUUGUAAAAAAUGCCUUUUCCCUGCCAGCAACCUUGUGUCUCCAGUCGGAGACGCUCUGAGGGAAGUUUUGGCCGGAGUCAAUUGGGCGAGGGCUGGUCUUGAUCUACCCUUGUUGAGUGAAGACAAGGAGCAGAAACCUGCUGGCGAGCGCCGAGUGCUGAUAAAUGAAACUCCCGUAGUGGUAAAUCAUAUAAAUGGAGAAGCUCAGUCCGUUUCUGCUCAGGGCAGAGCAAGCACUCCCAAAAGGCCAACAGCCACUGUUUCGAGCAACGUCCACUCUGUAGUCCACAUGGACAGCACAACAGACUCUCCUACACCAUUUAGUAGGAGUGAUAGCUCAAGUCAGCCAGGAAGGAAAGUCUUUCAAGCAGUGGACGAAAUUCGAUCGGUUCCAUUUGAUCACGACGAGGACAAAUACAAAAGGCGAUCUGCAAUUGAGUGGCUACUAAGGUGGUGGAAAUCAACUACUCGUCCCACUAGCAAUCGGAGAAUUGUGGGUGGAAUCUAUCGUCGUUAUGUUAUGCUGGCUGUUCUAUUCUUCAUUGGGUUCUUGACCGUGAUUGUCAUUUUCUCUUGGCUGGGUCGCAUGGCCACUGAAAAUGACCCAAACUUGGACAUCAAUCAAAACCCAAUGUUGCACGUGAAAAGAUCGUGAGACUGCAUCCUAUCCCUGGGACUGCGAGAGGCUUUCCUGUUUGGCACUUUAAGUAAUCUAAUAUUUUACCUGAUUUAGUUUAUUUUUUUGUGACGCAUUCCGAGUUCCCACGACUUCCAAUAAUUAGAGUAUUUGGCUCUACCUCUUAAUUUAUUUUGGAGAUGCAAAAAAAAAGCAAGUUCUGGAUUUUAUGAUUUAUUGCAUGUUUUAAAUGUUUAUAAAGUUGGACUACAUUAAAGCACUCAUAAACUAAAA